AUGUGGUUCUCUCGACACCAUCGCGCGAUCCUCAGGACUAAGAACCGCGAGAUGAGUUUCAGCGAUAUCGGGAAGGCAGUGGGGGUGCUGUGGAAGUCGGCGACCGAUGAGCAAAAGCGACCUUUUGACGACCUUUCCGCCGAGGACAAAGCACGAUACGCGCGCGAGCUUGCCGAGUACAAGGCGUGGCUGCUCCUCAAGCAAGGCUCGACAGAAAACAAGGGGGAGGUGCCGACGCAGGCUGACAAAGCAGCAGUAAUAACGGCAGCGGCGCCGACAUCAAGGCACGCCUCUGUUGCCUUGCCUGCCCCACCAACAGCAGCAGUAGCAGCAGCAGCAGCAACAACAACACCGGCAGAGGUGCCCGUGCCUGCCACAACCGCGACUGCUGCAACACCCAUCGCUCCACCCCCUAUACCGGCGACGCCAGUGACUGAAGCCUUCGUCGCGACUAGCGUCCUCCCCUCCUCAGAGUGUGAGCGUGGAAAGGCUACCACCCCGGUCGCGCCUGGUGCCGCCCUUCCGGCCCUCCCGCCUCCACCCCUCCCGCCGGCGUCGCUCCCCACUUCCUUUCCCGAGCACCCGUUGCAUGACGGCGGCACGGGGAUGGCGAUGAUGCAUCAGCAGGCUAAGCGACAGAGGCGAGAAGAGAGUGCUGCUGCUGGUGACGGUAGCAUUUCCGGCGCGGGUGCAGUCCCUGGUGUGAUGGUCGGUGUUGCCGCUGGGGCAGCAGUCGAGAGUAUUGUUGCCAUGCCGACGAUGGAUCAGGAGGCGCUGGCGGCGAGAGGCAGGAGCCACGUCCCUCACCUCACGCAGCAACAGCAGCAGCAAUAUCAGCAAGCGCAACACAGCAUCAUGCAACACCAACGAGGCCAACAACAACACCAGCAUCAGCACCAUCAGUAUCAGCAGCAACAACAACAACAACAACAACAACAACAGCACCAGCACCAGCACCAGCUAUGCGAUACCACGAGAGUGGAGGGACCCAUGGUGGUUUCUCAGCCUUCUCUUCAUUACAGUGUUUGAUAUUUGUAUUGGUUGUCGGUUGGACGCUCGACAGGGGACGAGCGCUCCCUUGGAGAUGAGUGAUGGUUUCCUGGAGGCGAGGGAAGGGGAAAGAGGAAGAGGCUAGAGCGAGGAAAAGAAACGGUAGAGUCAGAACAUUUGUGCAGGGUAUGCAGGGAGAGAUGUAGUGUUCUUCAAUUUUCAUCAACCGAGGUGGGGAGUUGACGCUAGGAGCUGGCUACGACAUCGGAAACAAGAACGAAGACACAUGCAUAUGAACACGUAACCUCAGUCACGUUUUCAUGUGUCGGGGUCUUUCGACGUACUAGGUCUGGCGCUCCUUGUUCGUUUGUAACUGGUAUGCCACCACCCGCUCACUGGGGACGUUUUGCGACGUUGUGGGUUGGUGAGUUGUUUUAAGAGCCGUGCUCGAUUUCGGACCCGGAAUGUCGCACGGCCUAAGGGUGAGAGCACCUUUCGACACUCAGGACAGGCUGCUAAGGGCACCUUUUCCUAUUCCUGAGCGGAAGCAUCCUCCUAGACGAUCCUGCACAGCGCGUGGUUCGUGGUGCGCCACUUGGCUUGACUUGACGAGCUUUGUCGGCGCACCACGCCGAUACACUAUUUUUGUGUCGCGCGCUGGUGUUUUUUGUUAGGGAGUGUUGGCCGUUCGUUGUGUAACCGGGGCGAAGCGUUUUGAGUGCUGCUGACCGGCCCAACAAAGUAUUCAAGCAAGGAGCGGCACACUUUUACUCUCUGUGGUUGGUGAAGUGAUGUGUGUGUUUGUUAGAUCGGGGGUGAUACAUGGGUUCUUUUACGUUUUGCUUCGUUGCCCACGCUACUAUAUGUUUUGCGGCAGCUCUCAGCGAGAAAGGCGCUCGGCCAACAUUGUGUUCGAGUUAUAGACUGUCAUUGUAGUGUUGGUAAAGGUUUUUUGUACAGAGACGCGAGGGCUGCUUAUGUAUAGCCAGGAGCAGGCUCAACCGCCUCUCCGCUUUCUGAACUCCCCGCCCUUGGGAGAAAGGGGGCAUCAGGGUUAGGGGCCUCUCUGCUUAUGGUGUUCGACAGUGUCGUGAACAAAGGAAGGUUAGUUUUAAUCCUGGUCACGUCUGCUGAGCGGCGAAAUUAGCACAUUUUCCUUUGACGUUCUCCAGGUCUCAGUGAAGACAGCAUCACGUGUAUCCCGUAGUGCGGCGGCUCUAUUGAUUCUCAAUCAAUGCUCUUCUCCGCAAGCUAAGCUGGCUUGUCUGUUUCUUGGCAUGCACAGCCCGUUGUCGAGAAGGAGAGCGUUCUCAUGCCGUUGCAAGACCUAUCCUCUUUGUUGGAACUCACUCGGGAGGUGUUCUCUUUCUCUGUUUAGCGCGUGCUUGGGGGUUUUCGAGGCAACAGACCUUCGGUGGCGGAGGGCUUCCCUCCUACAUAAAUCGGCACACCUGCUGGAUCCUGCAGCAGUCCACUGAAAUGGAGCACUAUCGCGCCUCACAUGGCCAUAGAAUGUGUAGCCUGGUUGUUGUCGCUGUAGGGAACGCGGCGCCCUGUUGCUUUGCCCUCUGGCAAGGGCUCGUGUGUACGAUCGGUUUUCCACCGGUGUUUGUCUGCAAGACAAGGCUACACGCGAGGAGGCGCCUCCUCCGAAUAUGUACAUUAGGUAGCGUUGCGGCGAGGCGUCCGAUUGUAACAUGGUGUAGGAGAGAUUCAGGCCAGUUUCCAGCAGGGUGUGUGUUGGAGAUGGAUCUCUCGUGGGCGGGUACCUUAUAGAUGAUGCCGCCCCAAAAUCGUGGUGGUGUGUUGUUGGCCAAUCUCAUUUUCGCUGCGCGAGAGGAUUGAUUGAGGCUGACCGAGACCACACCGUUGGAGCUGGAAGAUAUUAGUUGAAAAUAUGGUGAAUACUUCGAAUGCAAGGCUUUUCUUGUGUCACGGCGUCCCUCCUCGUUCAGCAGAAAGAAGUGACUUGCCGACCGACCGUCGGUGACGUAUUCGGUCGAUCACGAAAUGUUCGCCGUUCCGCGGAACCUUCCUUUUCAAAAAUCGGCCAAUCAGAAAACUG